AUGGUUUCCGUCAUCCUCGCACUGGCUCUGUGGCCCUUACUAGUCGCAUGCACUCAGACCAUCCUUUUCCUGGAUGAGACAGCAUCCAACCGGCCGACGGUCGGCUUCGCCUUAACUGUAGAUCACGUCGUCGCAUCUGUUCGUUGGAACAAUGUCUCAACAGAAGAUUUGGUAGAGCUAAAAGCUUCCGAAGAGUACAUCGAACUCAUGCGACAAUUCUCACACCAAUCGUCUCGACACCCAAGCCCUCCAUACCACAGUCUCAAGGACCUGUUUGAUGACUGGCCCCGCCAAGCAAAACGAUCCAUGCGAAAGAAACUCGGCCUCCCAGCAUCGAGCGAAGUGGGCAUCAUAGCCAAGGCCCUGAAGCCCGUUAUCGAAGUAGCCGAAACGUAUGCUGGCUCCCCGCUGUCAGCCUUGAUCAGCUUUCCGGCAUUACCAGGUCUUUAUCAAGAAGACAUCGCGGAUGCGGCGAGCUAUGUCGGCCUCGCGAAGUUGGGUCCCUGGCUAGAGGCAUCUCAUCCGCACGAAGACGUCGCCGCAUACGCAGGAAACGGUCUAGGUCUCUGUAAAGACUACCACAACGAAGAGAAAUGCCGCGAAGAGGGGAAGAAUUUCACGUCUCGCCAUACGCUACUGGUCGAACACACUGAGUCCGCGCUUCUUCUACACCAUAACAUCCUUCGCGAACCGAUCGAGACAUCGUACCUAUAUAUGGAUCUUGCAACCUCAUUCGACUUAGGCAGUGCUCAUGAGCCCGACGAACUGGACAUACAAGAUUUUGUCCUAAGUUUCUUGUAUCACCAGUAUUACUACCCGACGCCUCACCUUCCCGACUCAAUUACUGUGAUGAUGACGGGUAGUCCCGAAAGUCUUAGCGAUGGGAAAGCUCGGAGGGUUACAAAGCGUGUCAUCGAGGCGCUAGGCGCAAAAGCUGAAGUGUUAGAAGAGAACCCUAGCUUCAAAGCUGCAAGAGGCGCAGCUGAGCUGGCAUGGCGAGCGUUGAAGUUCAGUGAAGGGUUGCAGUCGUGA